GUUUUUCCGCGUGUCCAGGCACUGCACCCCUGCCCUUUCAGGAGCAGCUGCCGCCUCGGGGACAGCAGGGUGGCCGGUGGCACCGGGCCAGCGAGGGGCCACGUGCCCGGCCCGCCAGGCACACCGGGGGGGGACCCGCUCCGUGCGCCGCUGCCGGAGCCAGACAGUUGUUUAAUUUCCCAGGCGCAGGGCGGGAGGGGGAUGGAAAGUUUCCCGGGGCUGCCGGGGCCGGGACGGCCGCACGCUUCCUGCUCCGCGCCCGGGGCAGCGGGGCCGAGCCGCCGGCCCGGGGGUCCCUGAGCCGGGCCAUGCUGCCCACCACGCACCGCUCGCCGGGGGCUUCUCCGGCCACGUCCCCCCGCGGUUCCCCCCGCAAUUCCCCCGUCUUCUUCAGGAAGCUCCUGAUGAACCAGAGCAUCCGCCUGCAGCGGCGCUUCACCGUGGCGCAUCCCCUCUGCUUUGACCUGGAGAAUGGCCCCCCCGGCCGGGGCGCGCUGGACCCCCAGGCCAGCCCGGGCGCGGGGCUGGUCCUGCAGGGCACCUUCUCCCACGGCCAGCGCCGAGAGUCCUUCCUGUACCGCUCCGACAGCGACUACGACCUGUCCCCAAAAGCCAUGUCCCGCAACUCCUCCAUCGCCAGCGACCUGCAUGGAGAAGACAUGAUCGUCACACCCUUUGCCCAGGUCCUGGCCAGCCUCCGCACCGUCCGCAGCAACCUGACCCACCUCCAGGACCCCCCUCUGUGCCGGGGGGCAGCGCUGCUGGCGGGUCCCUUGCCAAGCUGGUGGGUGCCCCCAGCAGAAGAUGCCCACCAGAAGCUCUCGCGGGAGACGCUGGAGGAGCUGGAUUGGUGCUUGGACCAGCUGGAGACGCUGCAGACCAGGCACUCGGUCAGCGAGAUGGCCUCCAACAAGUUCAAGCGGAUGCUGAACCGGGAGCUGACGCACCUCUCGGAGACCAGCCGCUCCGGGAACCAGGUCUCCGAGUACAUCUCCAGCACCUUCCUGGACAAGCAGCACGAGGUGGAGAUCCCCUCGGCGCUGGCGAAGGACAAGGAGAAGGAGCGGAGGAAGCGCCCCAUGUCGCAGAUCAGCGGCGUCAGGAAGCUGGCGCACGGCUCCAGCCUGGCCGCCGCCGGCAUCCCGCGCUUCGGCGUGCGCACCGACCGCGAGGCGCUGCUGGCCAAGGAGCUGGAGGACACCAACAAGUGGGGGCUCGACGUGUUCAAAGUGGCCGAGUACUCGGGGAACCGCCCGCUGACCGUCAUCAUGUACAGCAUCUUCCAGGAGCGGGACCUGAUGAAGACCUUCCGCAUCCCCGUCAACACCUUCAUCACCUACAUGCUGACGCUGGAGGAUCACUACCACGCCGACGUGGCCUACCACAACAACCUGCACGCCGCCGACGUGGCGCAGUCCACGCACGUCCUCCUCUCCACGCCGGCGCUGGAGGCUGUGUUCACGGACCUGGAGAUCAUGGCUGCCAUCUUCGCCAGUGCCAUCCACGAUGUUGACCAUCCCGGGGUGUCCAACCAGUUCCUCAUCAACACCAACUCAGAGCUGGCCCUGAUGUACAACGAUGCAUCGGUGCUGGAGAAUCACCACCUGGCCGUUGGCUUCAAGCUCCUCCAGGAGGAGAACUGCGACAUCUUCCAGAACCUGAGCAGGAAGCAGAGGCAGACACUCCGUAAAAUGGUCAUCGACAUGGUGCUGGCCACGGACAUGUCCAAGCACAUGAACCUGCUGGCGGAUCUGAAGACCAUGGUGGAGACCAAGAAGGUGACCAGCCUGGGCGUGCUGCUGCUGGACAACUACUCCGACCGGAUCCAGGUCCUGCAGAACAUGGUGCACUGCGCCGACCUCAGCAACCCCACCAAGCCUCUGGAGCUGUACCGGCAGUGGACCGACCGCAUCAUGGUGGAGUUCUUCCACCAAGGAGACCGCGAGCGGGAGAAGGGCAUGGAGAUCAGCCCCAUGUGUGACAAGCACACCGCCUCCGUGGAGAAGUCCCAGGUGGGAUUCAUCGACUUCAUCGCGCACCCGCUGUGGGAGACGUGGGCAGACCUGGUGCACCCCGACGCCCAGGAGCUGCUGGACACGCUGGAGGACAACCGGGAGUGGUACCAGAGCAUGAUCCCGCGCAGCCCCUCGCCUCCGCCCGAGGCACCCGCAGUGUCCCCCGCCACCACCGACAAGUUCCAGUUCGAGCUGACACUGGAGGAGGAGGAGGAGGAGGAGGAGGGCGAGUCGGACACGGAGCUGGAGGGGGCUGAGAGCCCCUUGGACGAGGACAACAGCGGCUCCAAGACGCCGGGCACGGAUGACUCGGAGUCUGCCGACACCAAGCGCCUGUCCCCGGGCCCCGGGGACCGGGACUCGCCUGUGCCCCGCCCCAGGGACGUGGACAACCGGCGGGCGCUGGAGGGGACGCUGCCCAAGGACGGUGGCAGCGGGUGCUCCGUGCCAGGGCCCGAGGGCAGCCAGGGGCUGUGCCUGGACACGGAGGGCAAUGUCACAUUCCUGUCCCUGGGCACGUAGCGGCAGCGGCCCGUGGGUCCCCUCGCUGCCAGGGGAUGUGGGACAGGGCGCUGCCCUGAGGACAGCGGGGAGCACUGGCGCUGCCAGGACUCGGAGGCACCCGGGUUGUGUUCCAGUUUGGGAGCUGGGCAGGUCCUGACAGGUACGAGGACGCUGUGGCCUUCUCCCUGCUCCCAGCUGCUGGGAAAGGUCCCUGUCUCCUUCAGACAGGGCGUGGGGACACCGAGCUGUGGCCCCAGCCCAGCCCUGGGGACAUCACGCCCUGCAGGGCUGCAGGAAGGAGCGUUCCAGCGCCUUUCCAGGCGUCCCCUGGCAGGACAGCAGCCCCACGGCGGGACGAGGUGGGCAAAGGGUGCCGGUGACACCCCCAGCACGAGGCACCCCCAGGCACCGGCGCACGGCACGGGCACGACUCAGUGGUUUAUUUAUUUGGGGAUAGGUUCACUUUUUAAAGCCUUUUGUAGCUCACUUUUUACUACAAGCCUCUCGGAGGCCCACACACAUUUUUGGGGCGGAAAGACGCAUUUUUUGGGGAGGAAACCUGCAUUUCUUGCUCUGUGAUCACUCAAAACGCCGUUUGCAUUUCCCAUUUCGGACCCUGGCGGGGGCUGUCACCCCUUCCCUCGCCCCCCCUCUCUGGUGUCCUGCCCGGGGCAGGGUCCUUUGGGAUUCUUCCUUCACCUUCCAGAGAUUAAACCCGGUUUGUUCCA